GAAAAGAGAAGAGAAAUAUUCUCUCAGACUUCUUCAGUGCUGAUUUAUAGAUACUUAGAUAUAAACCUUAAUAUAGGCCUGCCUCAGUUAAUACCUGGCACUACAAAAGUGAUCCUUUAUCUAGCCUCGAAUAUGUGUGAUCAACGGUGUCACCAUUACCAGGCUUGCGACCACCUCUAUGCCUAUGAUUACCAGCGAUGCAACGCAGCAUUCGCCCGUCCAAACCAGACGCUAUGUGUUCCCCCGAGCGGAUAUCUUAGAGAUCUUCCAAGAGUUCUUGAUAUUCAAGACCAGGACCUUCCUGGGUUAUGUCCUGUUUGUGCAGGCGUUUCUCCUCCAAGUUCUCAGCACUCUCAGUACUGAAUCAGUCGUACUGUCCAAUGCGAGACUGUUGACCGCUGUUCCUGUCGCAGAGUCUGGAAAUAUGAGGAGAAUGAAUAUGGUCUCUAGUGUACUAUGUUUCCCUGGUUGCUUUGGAUUAAACCUUCUGGGGAUAUACAGUUUAAAAAGCGGUUCCCACCAAUGGUAUAUAGUUAGAGAGGCCUUAUUAUCCUGUACGUCCAGAGAAUAUAAAGAAACAUGUGGGAGACUUGUGGCUCGGCUGUACACCAUUUUCCUCCAUGCCCAGCACGAGGAUAAGGUUGUUUCUGUGGAGGGAGUUUACUGAUGAUGGAUUAGUUUGAGAGGUGAAAGGGGGGAUACUACAUCACGGUUUGGUGUAAUGCUUCCUUUCAAGAACGAACGAUGAUAAUUUUCCCCUUGACCAAUUUACCUUGACAUAGUGUUUGAAAGUUGAGUUCAGCUGAAAAUUGGAUUGAUUUCCAAUACAGGCAACGGUUGGUUUACCAAACCUGCCAGAGUUCGUUGUAUUUAGUGCAAGCUCCCAGGUGAUGAAGUCUCCAUGGGAGGUCAUAUAUGAUGUAUAUAUUCCCAUUGGGUACCUUAUUCCAGCUCUCUAGCAGCUAGCCGUGACACCUCUACUACACCCGUCUAUUUCCCUCAGCAAGCGUUUCAACUAUCUGCACUAUUGCCGCAGGCGGAAUCAUGUGCAUGUUCAUCUUCAUUCACUCUCUUUAUUUUCUUGCUCCACUGCAGAGCUCCAUUUCAGUCUUUGUAGAUUGAAUAAAACUCCC